CAAAAACUUCGGUGUGAGACAGCAGCGCGUGCUACGAAUCGCUCGGCUCCGAAUUGUCUGCUUGUUCUUUGUUGUAGGAAAGUAGGAAGUUUGUACACGCUGAUGUGAUGUGGAAGGCGUGUUUACGUGUUUACACGUGAUCCUAGAGCCUUGUGCCAGUAAAGUUUACGUACAUGUAUGAGGACCUAGAGCCUUGAGCAGUCUGUAGAGUGGAGAGAGUGGCCAUGUCUUCCCCUUUCAAGCACCGAACCGCGGCGGACUCCGCACAGCACCUCUCCAGACAUCAGAAGUUCCGACGGAAACAUGACGGCUCACCUGUCCCCUCACCUGUCCCCUCACCUGCAGCUGCAACACCUGGCGGCUCAGGUACAACACCUGAUGUGACCAUGGCACCCAGAGGCCUGACAGUGCUGCAGUUUAUGGAGGCGCGAGCGCUGGAGCUGAAUAGUCUGCUACAUUCGGCCCAGCGUCUCCACGGCCCGAGGCACGCCCUGCAGUCGCUCCCCCGACACAUGCGCCGCCGAGCCGUCAGCCACAACCCCAAACGGCUGCCGCGGAGGCUACGGGAGGUCAGCGCUAGGAAGAUGCUGCAGAGCUUGCAGCCCAUGCUGCUGAGCUUGCAGCCGGGACAGGAAAUGGAGAAGUCUCGCCGGCCCCGGACGUUUUACCGGCGCCGAGCAGCGAACCGACGGGCAGAUUUCAGCCGGCGCCAGGGUCAUGUGACCUGGCUGGAGACGCACGUCUGGCACGCCAAGCGCUUCCACAUGGUCAACAGGUGGGGGUACCGGCUUCCCGACCAUCCAAGUGACAAGAGUUUACGGGCAGCCUACAGAGCCAUGGUGCACCACUGCCUUAUACAGGACAUCUCAUAUUACGGGUGUAUUGAGCUGACUGGUCCCCAAGACAACGUCCUGAGAUUGUUAGCACACUUCACUCACAAGGACACAGGGGAUUUCUGCUCUGUGAGCUCCUCAGAGGGAAGUGUGGAAGGUUCAGCGACGCUGUACCGCUGCGACUGCUGCCCGCAUCAGGUCCUGGGACCCGUUACCUAUAUGGUCAGGUCUCAGAAGGGACAGGGGGAGGAUCCUUCUGCUGUGUCUUCCUGCCAGCUGUGGCUGUGGACCCACCCAGCAUGCACCAUGGAUAUACUACAGGAGCUGCAGCAGAUAUCUCACACCGGUGUUCGUGUGUCGGGAGGAGAGAGAUGCUGUCGGUGUUACUGGGGACAACAGACGUGUUGCCGGGGGCAACAGCCAUGUUGCCGGGGACAACGGACGUGUUCCCAUCCUGCUGGUGCAUCAGCAGGGGCGCACAGCCGACCGUGCGGCUGCCUCAGCUUUAGGGACCGGUUGGGACGUGAUCAUGCCGGCAGGAUGGGCCAUGGUCUUCUGGCUGGGCUUCAUAUACAGGGGGGCGCGUGCAGGGGGGCUGAGGGAAAUGCGGCGGCUGCACCUGGAGACCGGUCAGCUAUUUUUCCCUGACGACUUCCCGGAUACUGGGGCGUACCGAACCCUGCAGCAGGAACAGGCGGCAAAGCUGAGGGAGCAACACGACAGGUACCCACCAGGGAAGAGGCCCAACUUCGCCAGACUGGGGACGGCUGCCCCCUUUCACUGCCCUUGGGAACGGCUGGUGGCAGGCUGGGCACAGCUGGCAGGCACUGAAUCCCCGGGACAGCCUCAGGGAGCACAGCUGGCAGGCACUGAAACCUCAGGACAGCUUCAGGGAGCACAGCUGGCAGGCACUGAAACCUCAGGACAGCCCCAGGGCGCACAGCUGGCAGGCACUGAAACCUCAGGACAGCCCCAGGGCGCACAGCUGGCAGGCACUGAAACCUCAGGACAGCUUCAGGGAGCACAGCUGGCAGGCACUGAAACCUCAGGACAGCCCCAGGGCGCACAGCUGGCAGGCACUGAAACCUCAGGACAGCUUCAGGGAGCACAGCUGGCAGGCACUGAAACCUCAGGACAGCCCCGGGGCCUCUGUGUUGCCAGGGACAGCAGGAUACGGAAGCAGCUGUCCCAGCUGUGUCGUCAUGGUGACCGUAGUCAUGCCGACCAUCCCGAGCUGGUACCUGUUCUCACCUACCUGGUGGCGGUGCGCCUGAGGAUGGUCUCCCGGGGAACGCCUGUUGCCAUGGCGAUGAUCUGUGCGCCCACGGCAGAUGAUGUGUCCGGGGGCGUGGCCGGGGGCGCGGCAUGUGACCCAGUAGAACCUGCCCACCCGGAGGGGAGGACCAGCGAUGACUGCGAUGUGGUCAGACACUGUUCCCGGCUAACGCUGGGUUACGUUUCGGCCGGAGCCAACAGCCUGUCGCUAGGGCGGGGCGUCGGGGUCGGGCUGUGCGCGUUGCAAGGGCUGCUGGGAGUGCUGCAGUUACAGGGGCAGGGGCAGCCGCCCGUGGUGUUGGUGCGAAACCCGAACUCUGCACAGUACCGCUUCGCACACCUGACUAUCCUGUAGUACAGCCCAACCCACAGUACCGCUUCGCACACCUGACUAUCCUGUAGUACAGCCCAACCCACAGUACCACUUCGCACACCUGACUAUCCUGUAGUACAGCCCAACCCACAGUACCGCUUCGCACACCUGACUAUCCUGUAGUACAGCCCAACCCACAGUACCGCUUCGCACACCUGACUAUCCUGUAGUACAGCCCAACCCACAGUACCGCUUCGCACACCUGACUAUCCUGUAAUACAGCCCAACCCACAGUACCGCUUCGCACACCUGACUAUCCUGUAGUACAGCCCAACCCACAGUACCGCUUCGCACACCUGACUAUCCUGUAGUACAGCCCAACCCACAGUACCGCUUCGCACACCUGACUAUCCUGUAGUACAGCCCAACCCACAGUACCACUUCGCACACCUGACUAUCCUGUAGUACAGCCCAACCUACAGUACCGCUUCGCACACCUGACUAUCCUGUAGUACAGCCCAACCCACAGUACCGGUUCGCACACCUGACUAUCCUGUAGUACAGCCCAACCCACAGUACCGCUUCGCACACCUUACUAUCCUGUAGUACAGCCCAACCCACAGUGCCGCUUUGCACAC